AAUCAAGUUUCAUUUAACUACAGGAGUAAAAGGCAAGCGAUGCAGAAAUCAGAGUGUCCUGGAAGUGUACAGUUGAGAAACAGAGUAGCAGGUAACUGUGAUCAAAGGACAUCCACAAGUGCACAAAUAAAACACAGGACUACAGCUCAACGAAGCAAAUCCUCCUCUUCCACCAGUUCUCCAGAGUCUGCACAAAAACUUCAUCCUCGACCAAGUGAUAAACUUAACCCUAAAACAAUUAACCCUUUUGGUGAGCAGUCACGAGCCCCUUCUGCAUUCGCAGCCAUUUAUUCUAAAGGUGGUAUUCCUUGCAGAUUGAUACAUGGGUCAGUAAAACACAGAUUACAAUGGGAAUGCCCUCCUGAAAUUCUUCCAUUUGAUCCUCUUCUUAUUACUUUAGCUGAGGGGCUGAGAGAGACAAAACAUCCAUAUACCUUUGUGUCAAAGGAGGGUUUUAGAGAAUUACUUUUGGUCAAAGGUGCUUCUGAAAAAACUAUACCUUUGCUACCUCGACUGAUCCCUGUGCUGAAGGCAGCUCUGGUCCAUGCAGAUGACGACGUGUUCGAGAGAGGGUUGGGUGCUCUGGUACAGUUAAGUGUUGUUGUUGGUUCUUCUCUGAAUGAUCAUCUGAAACAUCUGCUUACAAGUCUUUCCAAGAGGCUGAUGGACAAGAAAUUCAAAGAGCCGAUCACUAGUGCAUUGCAGAAGCUGGAGCAGCAUGGUGGAAGGGGAAGCCUAAUAAUCAUCAAAUCCAAAAUUCCUACAUACUGCUCUAUACACUCUUGAAUAAGGGAGUCAACAAAAAUCAUCUCACUUUUUGCUGACAGGUAUCAGGCACUGAGCAAGAGUACCACCCAUGGAACUUUUUUCUGUUGUUUAUACUUUUGGAAAUCACAGCCAUCAUUCAUUAUUUGCUAGAUUAAGAGAAGUAUACACAUUCCAGAUGAAUCAUAGGAAAAGUCACUCAAGAA